AUGUCAGUUAUCACAGCAGAAGUUUUAAAUACUAUUUUUGACCAAAAAUUAGAGCCAUUAAAUAAGAAAAUUGAUGAGGCAAUCAGUUCAAUGUCGUUCAUAAAUGAAAAAUAUGAACAAAUAUUAGUCAAGUUGUCGAAGUUUGAAGAAGAAAAGAAGUCUCUUGUUAAUGAAAAUAAAGCUCUGAAUAAUGAACUUCAAAGAGCUACAAACAAAUUGCAAGAAAUAAUGAAAUCGCAAGACGAUAUGGAGCAAUAUAUCAGACGUGAAUGUCUCGAAAUCCGUGGGAUACCAUGCUUGAAUGAUCAGGAAAAUACUAAUA